CUUUUAUUAUAAAUGAGAGAGGGCCGAGCAAAAAGCUUCUCGCACUCUCCCUCCUCCAUGCAGCCACAUCCACUCAGAGCAAAAGCCUGAAACCCAGAGUUGAAAUGCAAGGACCCAUUAACAACUCCCAGCCUGUAGUAAUUCUCUCUCUCAUUCUCUCAUAAACAAAAACCAAAAGCUCCAAAAAACACAAGUCCCCACCUCACCUUGGUAUUAGUUAUUAGCUGUUACCAGUACAAUUUUUCCACUUUAAGAAACAAAAAUAACUUGAAAUUCAAAACCCUAAUUUCCCACAAUUCUACACCAAAACCCCCAAAAACCAAGCAAAAUAAAUCUAACACCAAAACAAUGAUUAAUGGUUUUGAUGAUGAUCCAACAUCAGCACCAGCAAAUCUCUACUACGGUAGCACCACACCCAAUCCCUCUCUCCACCUCCACCCAUAGAUCCCCGGCUACACCCUCCCACACUCAAUCCCAAUCCCCCCUUUCUCUUGUCCCACUCUCCUCCUCCUCUCACCGCUUCCCCCCCCCUCCUCCUCCACCGCCACCACCACCACCGUCCCUCGAUCAUGUAAUUUCCCCGAUCGCAUCCGCGGCCCACCACUCCGCCGAGCCAGCCCUCAUGUUGGCUACGGUUCGUCUCUCCGAUAUCUCUCCCUAUGAUGGGGCUCCUGGUGGGCCCUACGUGCGAGCGGUUGAGGCGUUAUCGGGGUCAUUAAUGAAGCAUAACGCCGCGGUUAUCGAACUGGGGAGUGCAGAAGCCUCCCUUAUGCGGUGUGGCCUCGAGGCUGCAAGGUUGUAUUUCAGGAGUAGAUCUCAGAACGGUGUCGUUAAAGGUUGUAGCAGCCGCGGAGUUUACAUGUACAGGGCUGGAAGGCCAGUUGAAGAUUGUGAUUCGUCUCCGCCGUGUAUGGCUGAAAUAUUUAGGUGUAUGGGAAAGGCAGCGCGUUCUGCUUUAUGUGCAAUAGCAAGACAUCUUCGUUUAAGGAGCGACGUUUUCAAUCAAUUACUUGAUGAUAUGCCAUUGCCUGCUGGCGAGGUGUCUUCUUCGGUGCUUGUUGCCACUUAUUCUCAUACUUCCUUACAAAAUGGAAAAGGGGCUAUUGGAGGAGGGAAGCUGGCAGUUAAUGGGGAAGUUGAAAAGGGACUGUUGACUUUGAUUUCCUCGGACAGUCCUGGUCUGCAGGUUUGUGACCCCAAUGGUCACUGGUACUUGGCUGAUUGUAGUUCAGCUCCUGGGAAUCUUUUACUCAUUACUGGCAAGACACUUACCCACACUACUGCUGGACUUCGUCCUGCUGCCUCGUAUAGAGCUGCUCCUGAUUACUCAUCGGGUGCUAACAGUGGUGGCAGGACUUCACUGGCAUUUAGACUCAUGCCACAGGGCAAUGCCAUUUUAGAUUGUUCUCCUAUUGCAGCAGCUGGUCAUGUUAUUCCCCAGAGCUAUGUGCCAAUAUCUGUGAGUCAGUUUUUGGAUGACCUUUCUGCUGAGGAGGAUGUAAAUUGCAAUCGACCUGAUAAUACUUAUGUUGCUCAAAAUGAUGUGAAUAAGGAACCAUCAUUAAGAAGUGUUCUCUCUGAUCCCCUAUCAGGUGCAUUCCUUGAGGAUGCCGUGGUUGUUUCCUGUGGACAUUCAUUUGGUGGUCUCAUGCUGAGAAGAGUCCUUGACAUGUCAAGAUGUACACUUUGCAAUGCAGAAAUUGAGGCUGGAUCUUUGGUUCCUAAUUAUGCUCUUAGAGCUGCAGCUGCAGCUGUAAAGAAUGAAGAUGAUCGAAGGCUAUUUUAUAAUGCAACUCUGCGGAAGCGUCGCAAAGAAAUGGGUGAUCACACAGAUUCCAUGAAGAGACAACACAGGGAGAAUGUAGAUAUUGCUGCUGCUGAUGGUUUGCAUAGAGGAGUGCAGUAUCCUUUUUCUGUAAAUGAGAAAGUAAUGAUUAAGGGAAAUAGAAGGACACCAGAAAAAUUUGUUGGAAAGGAAGCAAUCAUCACUUCACAGUGUCUGAAUGGCUGGUACUUGCUUAAGAUUAUUGGCAGUGGUGAGAAUGUUCGUCUACAGUAUCGCUCUCUUAGAAAAAUUUUGAGCUCUGAAGCCAUUGAAGACAGAUGUGCUUCACAACCGAUUCAAAACAGCAGCUAAUAGACAUUAAUUUUCCACAUGUACACUCUUACCAACUCUAUUGGGCUCAACUAGUGAUAGAUCUUGUCCUGUUGAUGCCAAAAAGGAAAUGAUGUCUUUUUCUUGUAAGUUAUUGUAUCUGAAUAUUUAGCUAGGAUAGAGGUGUAGGUUAUAUGCAGCCAGAGUUCCAGUUAGCAGCUUGUAAAGAGAGGGUGAUCGAGGAUGACACGGCCGUUCCGUUUCUUUGUAACAAGAGGGGCAUGCACACCGGAGAAAGGUUUUUAUUAAAUGUCAUCUGUUUUUGGUUUCCGUU